CACCACCAUACCAAAGACCCAGCAUUCACAUUUACCUCCUACCGAACCCCAAACCCAAAUCAGACGACUUGAAAGACUUGAAAAAACCUCAAGAAAAAUGAUCCACCCAACCACCUUCACCACCCCGCGUCUCACCCUCUCUCCACUCACCCCAGAAGACGUCCACGAUCUUCACGAUAUUCGUAGUCGAGAUGAGGUUAUGAAAUGGAGUCUAAAAGGCACCCCGGACCCCACCCCCCAAACCACCCAAGAAUGGCUCACCAGAUUCCUAUCCCCGGAGAUCAGCCCAGAUUUGGGUCCGAGGAUAUGUUACGCUAUUCGCAUCAACCCUACCACCACAUCCCCACCCCCGCAAGGAAAAGUAAUCGGCACUCUAGGCCUUCACACGGAACCGCACCCCACCACACCAUCCAACAACCCCAAAGAUAUCUUCGAAUUAGGAUACAUGUUCCAUCCGUCCGUAUGGGGAAGGGGGUAUGCGAGUGAAGCCGUCUCGGCUGUCGUUGAUCGAUGGUUUUGUGAUCCUGGGGCGGAAGAUAUACGCCAAUUAAAGGAAUUGCGGGAGAAGGAGAGGGAGGGGGUGGAGGUUGAGAAGGGGUUAUUUGGGAUUGUCAAUCAGGGGAAUGAGGCCAGUGUGGGGGUUUUGAGGAAGGUGGGGUUUACGGGGCCCGUGGAGGAGAUGGUUGAGGGGGAUGGAAGGAGGAGUUUUGUUUAUUGGAGGGAGUUUUGAUAGUAGUUCAUUGUUGUUUGCUAUAGGGGUGUAUAUAUUAGAGGGAAUGAAUGGGGUUAGGGUUUGGAGGGAGUACUGUGUAUAUAUGAGAUAGUAUGUAACUAAG